GUGGUUUUUUGAUAGGCAACGUCACCAUCAAUCAAUUUAUUAUAAACAGUAAUGUGAAGAUAAAAGGGGCAAAUCCUGACCUCAGUUGGGCUCCUGGAUCCUACGAGACAGAACCAGAUUUGCAAGGGAGCAGUGAGGAACUGAGAAUGGAGGUGGAGACAGACAGAGUUAGUGGAUACUAAAUUUGCCACGAAGUGAAAAUUUCUUAGAUAAGAGGUGGAGGUUGAGGGGCAUUGAAGUUGAUCUAAAAUUGAAGCUGGGGUAGGUGGGAAUCAGGGCAGUUCUCUUAAAGGAGUUGAUUAAAUCAAAGUCAGGUGUUAACUCUUUCUGGCAAUUAAGACGAAUCUGGGGCGGAAGAACCUGUAAGCAGUUAAGGUGACUUCCAGAGCAUUUUCCCUUCCAUUUUUAAAUGUGUACCCAAUUAUAUAUUUACGUAGACGUGAAAUAACACCACUACUGUCAAUCUGAGUAUUCAAUACAUUAUUUUUAAAAGAUAAAUAUGUAUGCACCAACAUUUUUAAAAGGUAGGAUUGAUUCUGAGAGGCCUUUGGAAUGCAAUGGUGUAGUAAUCCCCUUUUGAUCAAUAAAUACCCCAGUGGAGACAUAUAAAAAUGGAUAUUAUAGUUCUGUUUUCUUCCCUCAUCUUAAAGAUUAGUUGGAGCAUCUUGCUUUGAGGACCACGGCACUAGAAGUCUGUUGAAACAAGUCUAGAAUUCAAGGGAGGAUAUAAAGAAGACUGGAAUAGUGGCUUUGGAAAUUGUCAAAAAUAGCAUGCACGUGUAAGUGAUGCUGUAAGUAGGAAUCUGUUCUGCAAAGAAUAUGAUUGUGCUAGAUCAGCUGUGUGCACCAAGGACUCUCAGUUUGAUGGGCAAUUCUGGAGGCUUUGUGUGGCAAGUUUGAUACAAAGUGUUGUGUAGACAGCAAUGAUGCUGAUAAAGUGGGGAACAAGAUGGGCUGUCGGGGAGGGAUGGGGACAGACCAACAUUGGCAAUGAUGGCGAAGUUGGGAAGUGCCGAUUUAGAAAACAAGCCAUGCUUCCUCCAUCCCCUACUCGCUGUGCCUCCUUCAGGUGCUGUUUACCGGUCUACUUUGUCUUACCAUGCACCUUAACAUUCUAGGUCUACAUAAAUAACCUUCUUAUCUUAUAUAGGGACUGCAAAGAAAUCAGUGCCAAGCAAGGUCAAUAGGCUCCGACUGCAAAGCCGGAGCCUCAGCAUCCCUUCGCCCCAGCGGGCAAGGUGUAAAAUCCAGCACCUGCGGGUGGGCGUGCGAGCAGGUGGCCGCGCCCGGGGCUGGCGGGCGCGGGGGCGGCCGGUUUCCCGCGCGAGCCCUUUAAGGCGGCGGCGCGGCGGAAGCGCGUGGCCGCACCGGGCGCCUCGGCCGAGCGACGUGGCCAUGGACGUGGGCGCCGACGAGUUCGAGCAGAGCCUGCCGCUGCUGCAGGAGCUUGUCCUGGGCGCGGACUUCGUGGGUCUGGACAUAGAGUUCACCGGCCUUCGUUCCAACCUGUCUCGACCCCAGCAGAUCAGUCUUUUUGACUUGCCAUCCGAGUGGUAUCUAAAGACGCGCCAGAGCGUUCAGCAGUUCACCAUCUGUCAGAUCGGAUUGUCUGUGUUCUCCAGUAUUGAAGGAGAGUCAAACAAGUAUGUAGCCCAUUCAUGUAACUUCUUUCUCUUCCCUACAACGUUUGGGAUUUUGGAUUCGGAAUUCUCUUUCCAGGCUUCCAGUGUUCAGUUUUUGAAUCAGUACGGCUUCGACUACAACAAGUUUCUCAAAAACGGAAUCCCGUAUAUGAAUGAAGAACAGGAGAAGAAAAUUAAACACAACAUCCUCACUGGGAACUGGAGCGUUCACAGUUCUCCGGAUAAAGACCAAAUCAAGGUGGUGAUUGAUGAGGUGACGCGGUGGCUGGACCUGGCAGCCGAAGGUGACUGGAUGACUCUCCCUGGUAUUGCUGGCUUCCAGGCCUUUGAGGUCCAGCUGGUGCUGAGGCAGGCCCUCCCCGACAUCUGGACGGUGCUCAGAGACCAAGGGGUGGUAGUGAAGAAAGUGAGUAAACAGCAUCGCUGGUACCUUGAGAACACGUCUGGGGAUCGAGAGAGCUGUUGGAAGGAGAAGAUUCUUCUCUCUGCCAGGGGUUUCUCUGUGUUUUUCCAGAUGCUGGUGAAAGCCCAGAAGCCCUUAGUGGGACAUAAUAUGAUGAUGGAUCUGCUGCAUCUGCAUGAGAAGUUCUUCAGACCCCUCCCAGAAAGCUACGAGCAGUUUAAGCUGAACGUCCACAACCUGUUUCCUGUUCUCAUUGAUACCAAGAACGUGACGAAGGAUAUCUGGAAGGAACUGAAUUUCCCAAGGGUUUCAAAUCUCUCCGAAGUGUAUGAAGUCCUCAACAGUGACUUGAAUCCCAGCAAGAAUUCUGGGCCUGUGAUUAUUCAUGCAAGCAAGUGUGAAAAAUACGUUGAGACCAAGUACCCCCACGAAGCAGCAUACGAUGCCUUCCUCUGCGGCUCAGUUCUCUUGAAAGUGGCACACUUGCUCCUGUGGAGGGUGCAUGGUGCCAGUUCCAUCCCGGAGCUCUCCUUCCCUCUGUACCUUGAUGUGCUGGCCCCUUAUGUGAACCAGGUGAAUCUUAUCCGAGCUGGCGUCCCUAAGAUUAAUUUUUCUGGUCCCGAUUACCCGAGUAUCCGCCCUCCCAUCCUCAUCCUCCGUGUCAGGAGGUGGCCUGGGCUCAGCGAGCAGCAAGUCUACCGGGAGUUUCAGAAUCUCUGCAAAUUCGACGUCAGGCGGCUCACGCGGAGCCAGUUCCUGCUGCUGACCAACAAGUUUAAGGAUGCUCGCACCAUCUUGAGGGAGUACCGGGGCCACCCUACCCUGCAGGUCUCCCUCUACCGGCACUGGAGACACUCCCCGAGCGUCAACUGUGUGUUACAAGUCUGUGGUGUGGUCACCACCUGGGCCCUUCUCGCGUUCCUCCUCGGGAGGCCUGGCCCCUGAACGCAGCAGGCCGCCCACAGCCUCUGUCCUUCUGUCCGUCUCUGCAUCUCUCUCCAACGGCCAGCCUGGAUUUUGUUUGUGUGAAUCCUAUUCUACUUGCAGGUGGAUCUGUGUGGUCCUUACCAGGACUUUUGUUAUGUCUUGAAUGUGAAAUUCUGUAAAUACUGUGGAUAAUAAAGUUACCAUA